AUGACUGAAGAACAACAAGUACCACUUCAUUCUAUAUCAGCUGAUGUAGUCAAAACAUCUGAAAAAUCUUCAUUAUCUUUUAUUGAAAUUUUAUGGCAUCGACUACGUGAACAUUCGGGAAUUUGGUACAUGUUAGCAGCAAAUAUAAUAUUUUCUUGUUGUACAUUUGCAUUAAAACUUAUUCCAGCUGAUAUGUUUGAUAUAAUGAUUACUCGAUUUUUAUUACAAUCAAUAGUAUUUGGGUCAUAUGCUGCUUUUUAUAAACAUUAUAAAGUAUUUACUACUAAUGGACAACCUAUCGCUUGUACGUUGAAUAUUUUAAUGUCAAGUGGAACAAAUUUAACAUAUUUAGCUGCAUUUUAUUUUCUUCCAUUGUCGGAUUUAAAUGCUAUUAAAUAUACAUAUAUUGUUUGGGCAGCAAUAUUAUCUGUUAUAUUUUUUAAAGAACAUUUUAAGGUUGUGAAUGCUAUUGCAUUAAUAUUAACAAUAGUUGGAUUAAUACUUGCUACAAAGCCUCAAUCUUUAAUUAAAUUGUUAAGUAGUUUAUUUGAUCAAUCAACAUUAUCUACAAAUAUAACAUUAUCUAUGAACAGAACAAUAUCUACAACUACAAUAAUAUCUUCUACAGAAAUCAGCUCAUCCUAUUAUUAUUUAGGUAUUCUUUUCGCUUUUAUAUCAUCAUUAACAAAAGCGACGCAAAUGGUUGCGAGAAAACAAUUGGUUAAAAAGAAACAACCAUAUUCUGUGAUGAAUUUUCAAUUCACAGCAUUUGCUUUAGUUGUCGCAUUGAUUUAUAGUAUUGUUCGAAGAUUUUGGCAAACAGAUCCAUAUCCAUGGAAAUGGAUGUUUACAGUUGGUAUUGUUCUUGGGUGCUGCUAUUUAAUAACAAAUACAUUUUAUGCUAAAGCAUUAAAAAGAGAAAAUGUUCAAUUAUUGUCUAUGCUUGGUACACUUGAUAUAGUUUAUGGUUGUUUAUUACAAUAUAUAUUUUUUCGACUCACCAGAUCUUGGAUGUUUUAUAUCGGAGCUUCAUUUAUUGUUACAUCAGCGAUUAUACUUUCAAUAGAUACUUAUCUAACAAACAAAAAAUCAGAAAAAAGAGAACCAAAACAAUAA